AUGCGAAAUGUUGGAUGUUUAUUACUGAUUUUCUACGCUAUAUCUGUGCAUUGUGAUACAAAGGAGAGUGAUGCGGAUGCUGAGGAGGCUGGGCUGUCCGACUCGGGGCUGAGGAGAAAAAAGCGAGAUCUCGCAUCUGAUCUCUCCGAGAUUCUAUUCGGGGAUGAGGACGAGCAACUUCUACAUGGUGAGGAGCGUCACUAUGUCCUUGAGCUUGACCCCAACCACACGGAUCACGUGAAUUUGCGUCUGGAGCUUGCUGUUGGUGCCGUCGAAUUGACAGCCCUCUACUGCGAACAUCGACUGAAUCUUGGACGUUUCCAUCAAGGCACCACUCACAUCCGGGUGGAAUUGACAGAGCUUCAGCAGCACGAGAGGCUCCCCUGCAAUCGCACACGCAUCGACAUUGAGGUGAUGUCGCACUCUGAGGUGAAGAUGAACUUGUUUCACGAGGGCGAUGAUGUCGAUUCGGCUGAGGAGGCGGAAAAGGUCAAAUGGACGCUUCUCUGGACAAUCAUCCUGAUCUGUUCCUGUCUGGUGUGCGUCGUCGGCGGCUGCUUCUAUCGCUACCGCAAGCUGAGUUGGCGUAAAAAUCUGGAAAUGAUGCGAAAAUUCACCACCGGCUCAACGCUGCCACCCUAUCAGCAAUUCGAGAUGGACAAUGAGGGUAAGAAGGAGCAGAAAAAGAAGGAGAAGGAGCAAGUCGUGAGCACGAUUACUGUA